AUUCUUGUUCUUAUGUACGAACUCUUUAUUCUCUAUAAAUGUAUUAUACAUAUACAUACACACACAAGAACAUUUUGCUGAUUUUCAGAGCUCGCUGCCAACGAAGAGAGAGAGAGAGAGUUUAUGUUUUUUCUCUCUGGAGAGAAUGGGAGCUUGCGUGUCGACGCCGGAAAAUUGCGUGCAGGUUCGCCGAUCGGGUUGGAAGAGGAAGCGAAGGAAGCAGAUCAAGCCGAAGGUUCCGACUCGGUUCUCUCAUCGAUCAUUUGACGCAGUCGAUAAGCCCGUCGCGCCGGAUCGUCGCUCCUUCAACAACCCCGCCCUUCCCGGAAGUACAGAGGAAGCAUGGUUUGAUUCUGCUGCCAUACUUGAUUCAGACUGUGAUGAGGAUUUCCAAAGUGUGCAGGAUGAUAUGCAAUCUCUAAAUGGCUUUGAAGGUGCAUUCAUAUCAAGUGUUGCUUCUCAUGGAGAAGGUAAUCAUGGAGAAUGUUCUGCUGAUGCAUUGCCCACUAAUAAACUAAAGAGAGAGGGAGAGGCAUCUACGGGGAAUUCUGCAUGCAACUCUGUUAGUGAGGUUGCUAAGAAUUCAACUCGUGCUGAUGAUGCUGAUUCCAGAUUAAAAUCAGUAGCAUCUAUGAAUGAAGGCAGGGAACCAACUUACUGGGAUGAGGUGUCUUCUGUGGAUGAAGGUGCUGGCAGGGAGCAAGGACUGUUGAAUAAUUGUGGAAUUCUUCCCAACAACUGUCUACCAUGCCUUGCUUCUACUGUUCCUACAGUGGACAAAAGAAGAUCACUGAGUUCUAGUCCACUAAGUGCACGGAAAAAGGCUUCCUUUAAACUUUCCUUUAAAUGGAGAGAAGGAAAUUCUAAUGGUGCUAUACUUUCUUCGAAGAUGCUUCUGCAAAGACCAAUAGCAGGCUCUCAAUUGCUGUUUUGCCCGGCAGAAAAGAAGAUGCUUGAUUCUUGGUCGCAUAUUGAUCCCAGUACCUUCAAAGUUAGGGCAAAGAGCUAUUUGAGAGAUAAGAAGAAGGAUUUUGCACCUAAUCAUGCUGCAUAUUAUCCUUUUGGAGUUGAUGUAUUCUUGUCUCCACGGAAAAUUGACCAUAUUGCUCGGUUUGUGGAACUCCCUCUAAUUAAUUCCUCCGAGAAACUUCCAUCUAUCCUUGUUGUAAAUGCUCAGGUUCCGCUUUAUCCUGCUUCUCUUUUCCAGAGUGAAGCUGAUGGGGAAGGCAUGAACAUUGUUUUGUACUUUAAGCUGUCUGAUAGUUACUCUACGGAACUUCCAUCCCAUUUUAAAGAAAAUUUCAGAAGACUAGUUGAUGAUGAAGUAGAAAAGGUCAAAAGUUUUCCCAUAGAUACAAUCAUACCCUUCAGGGAAAGGUUGAAGAUCUUGGGUCGUUUAGUAAAUGUCGAUGAACUCCAUUUAGGUGCUGCAGAGAGGAAGCUUAUUCAUGCUUACAAUGAGAAGCCCGUUCUAACACGUCCUCAACACCAAUUCUUCCUGGGAGAAAAUUAUUUGGAGAUUGAUUUGGACAUGCAUAGGUUUAGCUACAUCUCUAGGAAAGGGUUUGAAGUAUUCAUGGAUAGAUUAAAGAACUGCAUAUUGGAUUUUGGCCUCACAAUUCAGGGAAACAAGGCUGAAGAGUUGCCAGAGCAGAUCUUAUGUUGUGUAAGGUUAAAUGGAAUUGAUUACAUUAAUUAUCAGCAACUGGGAUUGAGUCAAGAACCUCUUGAACAAAGUUAACACUGUCUUAGCGCAGAAGAGAAGGCCUGUUCAUUGAGUACGAUUUUUACAUGCCUUUAUAACCCUGUUCUAAUUCAAUGUAUAUUAUUAGCAUCUAUUGCCUGGAAAAUGAAUCUCCACUCUAAUCUAUCAACUUAAUUUGGGCUAAAUAGAUUCUAUGUGAGUGUGAACUAUUUUUGCCGUUAUUCAUGGAGCACUAUUGGCAUCAGUUUAGGUGAAGCGUCAGACUCAUUUUCUGCAGGGAACAAGA